GUCGGACGAUCGUCUUGGGUAUACAAACACAACGUCCUCGCUUCAUUUACUCGGUUGGAUGCAUCCUGGUGAAGCAAGUCGUCGUCCGUUGCAAGCCGUACAACCUAAAACACGUUGCCUGUAACAUGCUAGCGUUCUGGGCUUGACGCUCCUACCUGGGGAUGGCGCCCGCCAGCCCGCACUUGGCGAUGCAAGCUAUUGUUGACGCUAUGCAUUCGGCGCCAGGUCGACUUCUGUGCCGCAUGCGGGCUCCCACGGCAUGCAGGUUUUCGUGCAGCGUACAAAGAAGGUCGUUGACGAAGCUCAGCUACUACCACCGUCCCGGAAGAGAGCGCCUCUUUUCCUGCACUGUGGGUGACGUCAUUGAGAGGACAGCAGAGGUGCGGGGUGACAAUCUGGCCAUUGUGUCCAGUCACCAGUCCAUCAGGAAGACAUACGCUGAGUAUAAGAAGGACAUUGACCACUUCGCAGCCGCCCUGAUAUCGUUGAAGUUGGGCAUUGGCUCUAGAAUAGGAAUAAUCGCGCCUAACAUGUACGAAUGGGCCGUCGUGAUGUUUGCGGCUGCCAAGGCAGGAUUGGUCCUGGUGAACGUCAACACGACCUACCAGAUUCAUGAGCUGGAGCACUGCCUCAAUCACACGGAUUGCAAGGCCGUGAUAUUGUCGGAGCAAUUUUCGAAACAGGACUAUUACGCUCUACUUCUUAAAUUGGCGCCAGAGCUAGCGUCGAGCCCCUUCGGCGAUCUCAAGAGUGCGAGGCUACCCAGCCUGAAGUACGUCAUAACCGUCGGAGAAACAGUCAAACCGGGCACGGUUAGGUUCGCCGAUCUGAUGGAGUCUGUUACGAACGAACACCUCCGUGCCCUGCGUUGCACUUCCUCCAAGUUGCAGAUGGACGACGCUGUCAACCUUCAGUUCACAUCAGGCACGACGGGAAAGCCCAAGGCUGCACAGCUGUCCCACUUCAACGUCGUGAACAAUGCCUACCUUGUAGGCCGGAGGCUCGAGCUUCACAAGCAGGAAGAAGUAAUUUGCCUGAACGUUCCAUUGAUUCAUUGCUUCGGCUGCAUCGCUGGUACGAUUUCGGCGGCCAUUUUCGGAUCCACGGCUGUGAUGCCGGCGCCGAGCUUCAGUGCAGCUGCUGCGUUGAAGUGCAUUACAGAGGAAAAGUGCACUUUCGUCUACGGUACGCCGACCAUGUACAUUGACAUGCUACACCACGUGGAGGACGGCUGUUACGACGUUUCAUCCAUUCGAACAGCUGUCAUGUCUGGAGCACCAUGUCCAAACCACUUGACAAAAGACAUCAUGGAAAAGCUCAACGCAAAACGCAUCCACGUUUUGUAUGGCACAACAGAAACAAGUCCAAUGAUCGCAGCGAACGACCCUAACGAACCUGUGGAUCAGUGGAUAACUUCGGUGGGAAGGCCUUUAGACCACGUUGAAGUAAAGAUCGUCGACGAUAAAAACAGGAUUGUUCCAGCCAAUCAGAGGGGCGAGCUUUGUGUCCGAGGAUACGCUGUCUUCAUGGGUUACUUCAAGGAGGACAAGAAGACAAAAGAAGCCAUACGCAAUGGCUGGUAUCACACUGGUGACGGCGCCAUGAUGGCUGAAGACGGCCGGGUGUCCAUCCUGGGUCGCAUGAGAGACGUGAUCGUGCGCGGCCAUGAGCAUGUCUAUCCGCAGGAGAUCGAGCACUUCCUCUACACUCAUCCCGCCGUGCAGGAGGUGCAGGUGGUUGGCGUCCCGGACGAAAGGCAGAGCGAGGAAGUGUGUGCUUGGAUUAAGCUGAAGCCCGGAUUUAGCCUGAGUCAGGAAGACAUAAAAAAUUUUUGCAAAAGAAGGCUAAGCCACUACAAGAUUCCAAGAUACGUGCUCUUUGUGAGCGAAUUUCCCAAGACUGUGUCCGGGAAAGUGCAGAAACACGUCAUGAAAGAAGAGAGCCGCAAGAUACUCCACUUAUGAGACCUGCACAAUAUUCUUUGUACAGUAAGGAUUGUGAAACGUUUUGCUGUAUAUUAGUGUUAGAACGUGUAAAUAAGAUCGUUCUAAUGUGUACGUGCAUGGUAAGCCUCACAUGAGGGAAAACAUAGAGGAGAAAAGCUUCACGUUAAAAA